AUGAGACUAAUGCGUAAAUAUCAAUUAUGUCUUCAAUUACGGCAAGAUAUUCUUUCUGGAAAAUUACCUUGUUCAUUUGUAACUUAUGCUUUAUUGGGUUCAUAUACAGCUCAAGCUGAAUUAGGAGAUUAUAGUGAAUUAGAUCAUGGAACAACAUAUGAUUAUCUUAAAGAACUUCAAUUUGCACCUCAACAAGAUGAAGAAUUAUUAAAACGUAUUCAUGAACAACAUAAAAGACAUAAAGGUCAACCACCUAAUGCAGCUGAUUUACAUUUUCUUGAAAAUGCUAAAAAAUUAGCUAUGUAUGGUGUAGAUAUUCAUCCUGCACAAGAUUCUGAAAAUGUUAAUAUUAAUAUAGGUGUUUCAGCUAAUGG